AUGUCCGACGUACCACCAACCGAGCCCAUUCCCAAGCCAGAAGAACCUAAAGCACCAGCCCCUGCACCUCAGCAACCUCAGUUCCAGCAAGUACCUCCACCAAAUUACUACCAAUUUCCACCUCAAUGUUACUACCCACCACAAGGCUUCCCGAACUACCCUCCUCAGCCUAUGCCUUACUGCCCUAACCCUUGGAUGUUCAUGUCAAACCCUCCACCCCAAUUCCAAUUCCAAUCUCAAUCCAAGAGAGACCAAGAGUUCGAGGAAGGUCUGAACCGUUUACGCAAAGAGUAUGCCACAGCCCCUAUGGAAGACGACAGGCUUUCAGUCUCUUCCCUCAAAUCGACCGAUUCGACUCGUACCACAGAUUCGGUUCGUGACCGUGAAGACUACCUCAAGCAGUCUGAGAGACUCUUCAUCCUACAAUCAUUUACAGUUGGAGCUCUCAAGAACAUGCGCAAUUACGAAGGUCAGACACCAGCUGGAGACCGCAAAACAGACGUACUCGCAAGAGCCGUCCAGCUCGUCAAAACAAAGACUGAGAUAGUCGACUUCAUUCUUGCAGCUUGCCCAUACAAGUAA